AUGAAGAAGUUUUGCUCAAACGGAAAAGAUAAGAGACAGGGACUUAAAAUGAACGCAUCAUUAACGAACCGAAUCCUGACUCGCGAACUCGCUUCAGUGGGUGCGCUGACUCAGGAAAACAUUCAGAAGGCAAACACGUAUUCGCGCGCUAGCGAGAUACAGGUAGAAGAAUUGCGACUUACUGAAUGGUGUGGAUUCACCGAGCUUACAGAUGAAUGUAAGUUCGGAUUAGCGUUGUUCGAAUUGAGCAGCCCUCACCUCACAACGACGGUUAUCGUGCCCCUAAAAGACAUGAACAUUCAGAGGACAGUCAAUAUCACGCUUAUGCAAGAUAUCAGUGCCGCACGCGUAUGUUUAAAAAGAGGCGGUUAUGUCAGCAUGCCUCUGCAAUACGCGGACACAUUCGGAAUGCGAGCUAUUGCGCAAUUCGUUCACGAAACGGUAAUGGUUGGCAAACUAGUUGAAGACAUAUGUACAAAGAAAUCAGCUAAAGAUCGUUGGCUUCCCAACUUCAUUGAUGAUAUCGAAGAAAUUGAGAAAGUAUUGAACGAUCCCGCCUAUGUACGCGAUCAACUCCCUCCAAUAUAUGACGUAAGAAGAGCUCCGAUUAAGUAUACUACCAUAGGACAAUAUUUAGUUCUAGCGAUGUGCGAAAGAAUACGUAAGAGGAUCAAGUUUGGAAUUGGACUUAGAUCCUUGUUCUAUUCUGUUUCGCUUAUCUCCCGCUUCGCGUUAGAUGGCAAUUUCGUCUCCAUGAAUACGUUGAUCAUGAACGUUGUGAUGUGGAUCAGCGAGGGGACGUGCGAUGACUGCUUGAUUAGUAUGAUGAGGAUACUGAGAGGCAACAAUCAUUGUGAGUACAAUCUGUUCCUUGAAGACUCCUUCUCUAAGUAUAUAAUGAUACAACACAGUGAGACCAUAAAUAUAACCUUCGGACCCAGCUGCACUCCGACUGGGAUAGCAGAUUCACCUCAUAACAUGAGAAAGAUCAGUGUGAGAACCAUAGGAACGCACGCCUUCCUUACAUCUCCUGAAGCCGAGCGAAGAGUCAAAGUCGCAAUCGGCUUCACCGAAAAUUACCCUAUGAUGAAGUUAUACCCAACACUCAGACAGGCGAUCAGCCUCAGAACCAUUAUGGACUUGCAUGCACGUGUACUCAGAGCUCACAGCUGGGGGUCAAGCGUUGCUGCCUUCAACGCAUGGUUUUCCGAUAGACGCAUCACACUCGACACGAGCUCCAACGAUCUCCUGGACGUUAUGAUAAAAGAUCUGUGCGAAAUCAGGAAGCUAAAUCUCAACGCAAGAGCUGCCGCAUCCCAUGUAAUAUGCCUGUUAAUUCGUGGCGUGUUGCCCAAAGAGAUGGUGACUGCAUACAACUUUCGGCCGAAAAAUGAGCGGGCGCACGAAUUUCUUGUGCGAUUCGUUUUCCAAAUUUCUCCAUCUUCCAUAGCCAUGCGAUUUGCCGAUAUGCUUUUCGAAAGAUUCAUCUCCGCAACACCUGCGGAACGUAGGCUCGAGAUUUCCUUUACAUUAGAAAAUUAA